AUGGCAUUUAUUUAUCGUUCUCGUAAUCAAAGUUAAAUUUUGGAUUCUUCACCAGGUCCAGGCUCUUAUGAAUUAGACAGGAAGUGGGAGAGAAUGAGCACUCAAGUACCAUCUUUGCCUUUGGUUGAAAUCCCAAGAAAAUUAAGUCCUGGACCAGGUGCAUAUGAUCAUAAAGGUUCAUCUCAAAAUAGCCAAGUUGCUAGUGCAAUCUUCAAAAAUGAAGAAGAAAGGUUUAAAGAUGAGAAAUAUGGGUUAGUUGGGUAAUAAUAUUAUCUAUUAUUAUAGUCCAGGAUAUUAUGAUAUUACUAUGUUAUAAAAACAUAAACAUCCUCAUUCUCAUCGUCCAAAAAUCAUAGAAUAAUUAAUGUAUGCAGGAACCUAUUAAACAGCAAAUUCAAUACCUUAUGAAAGUAUUUUUACACAUAAAUUAAGAGAGAUAAUAAGCCAACGUUGGACCUGGGUAUUAUGAUACACAGCUUUCUCAACUUAAUAAACAUGCCAGUUUAGUAAGUAAUUGGUCAAGGAGAUCCUCUAAACAUGAAGAAGUAGAGAAUCCUAUAGGUCCUGGACAUUAUGAUGUUGAUAGAUUUUAUAGGUAUAGAGAUAGAAAAGUUGGAUAAUAAAUUAAACUUUCUACAUCAUAAGAACCUAAAUUUUAUGUUAAAAAAGGAUUAGAUAAUAAAAUCUAUUAUAGUUUCUAAAAGUCAUCUACACCUGAUUCUGAUUCCUCAUAAUAUGAAUAUUUAGAUGAUUCUACUCCAGGUCCAGGUUAUUAUUAAACUUAAUCAACUGCUAUUUCUACAGGUGCUAAACUAUUAACAAAAGCACCAAGAUUUGCUCUUAAAAAUUAAAAUAUUCCUGGACCUGGUUAAUAUAAUCCAGCUUUAAUUUCUAUUAGUUAAUAAGUAGAAUUUCCAAAGGCAGAAAGAUUUAAAUAGAAUUCUAAUUCAAUUUCACCUAGUCCAGUAACCUAUUCACCUAAAACUUCAAUGAAAGAUAAGAUAGUCUAAAAGUUGAUUCAAAGUCCUAAUUAAGAGGUUGGUAGUAGAUUACCAAGAUUUUCUAAAAAAAAAUAAAAGAAUACUCCUGGACCUGGAUAUUAUUAUAAUGAAACUAGCAAUAUAGAAAAAAAAGAUGUCUCAUCAAGUCCAUUUAAAAGUAAAGUUAAAAGAACAUCAUUGAAAACUAAUGAAGAUGUACCACCUCCAGGAUUUUAUGAUACAUCACUUGGAUCCAUUUAAGAGAAAUUGAAAAGUUAAAUUGAAUACAACAUUGAAUAAUUAAUAGACAAACCACCAUUUGGAAUAGGAGAAGAAAGAUGGAAAUAAGCAAUUAUAGAAGAAUCUGAAGAUGAAAGGAUAGAGAGAACAUCUAAUUAUAAGAAACCAAUUUCUAAAGAUCCACCAGCAUUUGGUUUAGGAUAAUAAAGAUUUCAACAUCAGAAUAAUGAAAAUCCAGAUCCUUUAUCAUACAAUAUUCAACUUUAAUGGGUUAAAAAGAGCUUUAAUUUUUAGUAAAUUAAAAAAUGA